AUCAACUCACACCAGACACUCCCUACCUCUCCUUUCACUCUACCUUCCACACACUCUUCUCUGUUUCUCUAGCAAAAGUAUCUUUGCUCUUGAAGCAAGGAAAUCCAAAGGAAACAAGUAUAUUUUCUUUGUUGGGGGUUUUCAAAAUGGCUGGGACUGGAAUUUUUGCAGAGAUAUUGGAUGGAGAUGUUUACAAGUAUUAUGCUGAUGGAGAAUGGAAGAAGUCUUCUUCUGGGAAAACUGUUGCUAUUAUCAACCCAACUACGAGAAAAACUCAGUACAGGGUUCAAGCUUGUACACAAGAAGAAGUGAACAAAGUCAUGGAAUCAGCAAAAAUUGCGCAAAAAUCAUGGGCUAAGACUCCCCUUUGGAAGCGAGCAGAGCUCCUUCACAAGGCUGCUGCCAUCCUAAAGGAGCAUAAAGCACCAGUUGCUGAGUGCCUGGUUAAAGAAAUUGCAAAACCAGCCAAAGAUGCGGUUACCGAGGUUGUGAGGUCCGGGGAUCUGGUUUCUUACACUGCUGAAGAGGGGGUUAGGAUUCUUAGCGAAGGGAAAUUCCUGGUAUCCGAUAGUUUUCCCGGUAAUGAGAGAACCAAAUAUUGCCUCACCUCCAAGAUUCCACUUGGAGUGAUUCUAGCCAUUCCACCAUUCAAUUAUCCUGUCAACCUGGCUGUUUCAAAAAUUGCACCAGCAUUAAUUGCUGGAAACUCCCUUGUACUCAAGCCACCAACACAGGGUGCAGUUUCUGCUCUUCAUAUGGUGCACUGCUUUCAUUUGGCUGGUUUUCCCAAAGGGCUCAUCAGCUGUGUGACAGGGAGAGGCUCUGAGAUUGGUGACUUCCUCACUAUGCAUCCUGGAGUUAACUGUAUAAGCUUUACGGGUGGAGACACCGGAAUUGCCAUCUCGAAGAAAGCAGGAAUGAUCCCUCUUCAGAUGGAGUUGGGAGGAAAAGAUGCCUGUAUCGUACUUGAGGACGCUGACUUAGAUUUGGUUGCUGCAAACAUAAUAAAAGGAGGAUUUUCUUACAGUGGUCAAAGGUGCACUGCUGUUAAGGUUGUCUUGGUGAUGGAAUCUGUUGCUGAUGUUCUGGUGGAAAAGGUGAAGGCUAAAUUGGCAAAGUUAACAGUUGGGCCACCGGAGGAUGACUGUGAUAUCACUCCAGUUGUGUCAGAGUCAUCGGCAAAUUUCAUUGAAGGGCUGGUCAAGGAUGCAAAAGAGAAAGGAGCUACAUUUUGUCAGGAAUACAAGAGAGAUGGCAAUCUUAUCUGGCCAUUGUUGUUAGACAACGUUCGACCUGAUAUGAGGAUUGCAUGGGAGGAGCCAUUUGGACCAGUUUUGCCAGUUAUAAGGAUCAACUCCAUUGAGGAAGGAAUCCACCAUUGCAAUGCUAGCAACUUCGGACUCCAGGGAUGUGUCUUCACUAAGGAUGUCAAUAAGGCAAUAUUGAUCAGUGAUGCAAUGGAGACCGGGACAGUUCAGAUCAAUUCUGCACCAGCUCGUGGACCAGACCAUUUCCCAUUUCAGGGUUUAAAAGAUAGUGGAAUCGGAUCACAGGGGGUUACCAACAGCAUCAACAUGAUGACAAAGAUCAAGAGCACCGUCAUCAAUUUACCAACCCCAUCUUACACCAUGGGUUAGUAAUCAUAGUAUUACCCAUUAGGGAAUACAUAAAAUAUAUCAGAGCCACUUAUCUUAGACUUUUUGCCAGCCAUAUGAUGUUUAGUGAAAAGGAUGAAUAAUGGGGACACGCAAAUGACUGAAUGAGCAACCAGCUAUAUUGUGUGUUAUCAAAUGUAUCAAAGUUUCAGCUGAUUUCAGUGAUCUAGUUAUCAUAUUUUGAGGACUUAGCAAGGGAAUUGGAUUUGUUGUCACUGCAUUGCUUCUUUUCCGAAGCAUGGUUGAAGAAGAAACCAAAGCUUUGCAAUGAACUGUUUGAUUAUAACAUGUUAUUGACAUGUAAAUUGUAUGCUAGUUUUCAAGUAGGGGGUAAGUUGUGGCCUGGUUUCUUUGACCAAAAGAACAAAAUGAUGAUGCAGGCAAUGGACAUUCCAAAUUAUGAGGGCGUGAAAGGGGCCUCCAUCUCUCAUCAUCCUGAUUCCUGCAUCACCAUUUGUCAAUGAUUUGCAAAUCAUGCUUUCGUUCAAAUAAAACCCAUUCUUAGGCCCAGAUUAUAUUAAUUAAUAAAAUUUGUUUACAUAUUUAAAAACUGUUGUGCCUGUAAUUUGAACUGAAAUCUUCAAUUUUA